UGCUGCUAUGGUCUUUCUCUUUCACCUCUCUUGCUUCUGAUUCAGUGACUGAAACCCCGAAAUGGGUUACCUGAGCAAAACUUCAAGGACCCUAAGGCAAUCAAAUUACCUCUCUUUAUUACGAAAUUCAACCUUUUUCCCAUUCAACUCAUUAAGCAGCACCACCUUUCAUCACCAACAGCGUGCACUCUUGUGUUCUCAGUCGCGGCAACAAAACAUUAAGGAUAAGAGCGCCAUAGAUUUGAGCCAGUACCCUCCCGAACUCAUUCGAAAUUUCUCAAUCAUUGCGCAUGUUGAUCAUGGCAAGUCUACCCUCGCUGAUCGACUCCUUGAACUCACUGCUACCAUUAAAAAGGGACAUGGCCAGCCCCAAUAUCUUGAUAAGUUGCAGGUGGAGAGAGAAAGGGGAAUCACAGUUAAAGCACAGACAGCAACAAUGUUCUAUAAGCACAGGACAAAUGGUGAUGAUCAUAGUGAGGGAAAGGAUUCACCUAGUUUUUUGCUGAAUCUUAUUGACACUCCCGGUCAUGUGGAUUUUAGCUAUGAGGUGUCAAGGUCACUAGCAGCUUGUCAAGGCGUACUUUUGGUUGUUGAUGCCGCGCAAGGAGUCCAAGCACAAACUGUUGCUAAUUUCUACCUUGCUUUUGAGGCCAACCUGACAAUUGUACCUGUAAUAAACAAGAUUGACCAGCCAACUGCUGAUCCUGAUCGCGUUAAAGCACAAUUGAAAUCAAUGUUUGAUCUUGACCCUAGUGAUGCAUUGCUAACAUCUGCUAAAACUGGAAAGGGUCUUGAACAAGUCCUUCCAGCUGUUAUAGAGCGCAUCCCUCCUCCUCCUGGAAAGAGUGAUAGUUCUCUGCGUAUGCUUUUGCUUGAUUCAUACUAUGAUGAAUACAAGGGGGUAAUAUGCCAUGUUGCUGUUGUUGAUGGUAUACUACGCAAGGGGGAUAAGAUUUCAUCUGCUGCUACUGGUCAGUCAUAUGAAGCUUUGGAUAUUGGUAUCAUGCAUCCUGAGCUUACACCUACUGGAAUCUUGCUUACUGGUCAAGUUGGUUAUGUUGUAAGUGGCAUGCGUUCAACAAAAGAAGCCCGUGUUGGAGAUACAAUUUACCAUACUCGAAACACUGUAGAGCCUCUCCCAGGAUUUAAACCAGCAAAACAUAUGGUUUUCUCUGGUCUUUAUCCAGCAGAUGGAUCUGAUUUUGAAGCACUCAACCAUGCAAUAGAGAGGCUGACAUGUAAUGAUGCCAGUGUCUCUAUUACUAAAGAAACUAGCACAGCUCUAGGUUUGGGUUUCAGGUGUGGAUUUCUGGGUUUACUUCACAUGGAUGUUUUUCAUCAACGGCUUGAACAGGAGUAUGGAGCUCAUGUUAUCUCAACUGUUCCUACUGUGCCUUAUAUAUUUGAAUAUUCUGAUGGAAGCAAAUUAGAAGUUCAGAAUCCUGCUACGUUACCCUCUAAUCCCAAGCAACGAGUGACAGCAUGUUGGGAACCUACAGUAUUAGCUACUAUAAUCAUUCCUAGUGAGUAUGUGGGACCAGUUAUCACCCUUUGCUCGGAGCGGAGGGGUCAGCAGUUGGAGUACUCAUUCAUUGACAGUCAACGGGCAUUCAUGAAGUAUCGCAUGCCUUUGAGAGAAAUUGUUGUCGACUUCUAUAAUGAAUUGAAGAGCAUAACAUCAGGCUAUGCAUCAUUUGAUUAUGAGGAUGCAGAUUAUCAGCAAUCUGAUCUGGUGAAACUCGAUAUCCUCUUAAAUGGACAACCUGUUGAUGCGAUGUCAACUAUUGUUCAUAACAUGAAAGCAUAUCGCGUUGGGCGUGAACUAGUAGAGAAAUUGAAGAAAGUCAUUGACAGGCAAAUGUUUGAGAUAACGAUACAAGCUGCCAUUGCUUCAAAGAUUAUAGCAAGAGAGACGAUUUCUGCGAUGAGGAAGAAUGUUCUUGCAAAGUGUUACGGUGGCGAUGUUACUCGAAAGCGAAAGCUGUUGGAAAAGCAAAAGGAAGGAAAGAAGCGAAUGAAACGCAUUGGCUCCGUUGAUAUACCGCAGGAAGCAUUCCAUGAAUUAUUGAAGGUUUCAUAGUAGACGUGUUGGAAGAUGGUUGCUUAUUCAAUAGUGGUAGGAUUUAUAAUAUGCUGGCUUCACAAAUUCGAUGCUAAGGAUAGUGCUAGGGACAGAGAUGAUAAAGGCAAUUUACGUGGAAUGGCUCCUUUGUAGCUUCUAGCUUUUCUAAUUGGAGGUUUCUUCAAGGUUUUGUAACACUUUUAGCUAUUAUUUUGUUGCUGAUAUACAUGUUACGUGCUCAACAAGCAUCAAUUUCUUGUUAACAUUGUCUAUUACUCAAGUCCAAGGAUAAAAGGAUAGAAAUUUAUUUACAAGUUAACAAUAAAUAAUGAGUUCCAUGUAUAUUUUAAUGAUAAUCUUAUCAUUGAUUUUUUCAUUGUAAUCUUAAAUCCUAAACUCUUAAUUCUUAAUUACUACAAUAAUGCAUGUUAAAAUAG